CAGUGUUUGUUCGACGACGAAAGCUGAAAGAUUAAACAAAAUGUGGAACAACGAAUUCAUCUUCCUAACAUUGUUGGUGCUUGUUGGGAAUGUUCAAUGUGAUGAAGAGAUAAUUUGUAGCAUUAACAACAAAACUGCUGUAAUUAAGAGAUUCAAUCACAGUUUACCUCUCGGGUUUUAUGAAGAAGAAGUUGAGCAUUGUCUCAUAGCAAAUUUAACAAGUACAUUGGAACAAGUGACAACAUUACCUGAAAACCAUUCAAUCAAAUCAUUUGAGGUUUACUUGGUUAAAAAUUUCGAGCGAUGGAGUCUUCGCAAUAAAUAUUUUCAUCUGCCUGAGAAUAUUUCGUCAAUAUUUCCUGAAUUAAUACAAUACAAAGUUAAAUAUUCUAAAGUUAGAGACAUCAUUAAGAAUAAUUUUCAAGGGCUUACAAAGUUGGAAGUGUUAGAAUUGGAAAAUAAUAAAAUAGUCGGAAUUCGGAGAGGUGUCUUCGGUGGCUUGACAUCGCUGAUAGUUCUAAACUUAGCUGGUAACGAGAUGGAAUACAUUCAAAAAGAAGCUUUCGUUGGCUUGGAUAAAUUGGAAGUUUUAGAUUUGAACACCAACUCGUUCUUGAAAAUUUCACGUACGGUCUUUAAAGGAUUGACAUCGUUGGAGACUCUCGACCUUUCAACGAACUCCAUUGAAACUAUCGAUGAGAAAGCUUUUGAAGAUCUGAAGAAAUUGAAAACUUUGAAAUUGGGAUUUAACAGUUUAAAUGAUUUAAAACGAGGUGUUUUUGACAAUUUAAUUUCGCUAGUUCAACUCAAUCUUGAACAAAACUACAUCAAGUACAUUGAAGAAGAUACAUUUGCGAGUUUACUGAAUCUAAGAACAGCAACAUUUGUUCACGUCAGAAGAUCUGAAAAUUGCAUCUCUAAAAAUUUUGAAGGAGUUGAAGCGAUGCAAGAAUUGAAUUCACUUGUUAAGACCAACUGCAGUGGAUGGUGGCCAUAG